AGGAGAAGCUGAGCCUGACCGCAGCGCCCUCUGCUGGCCACACGGAAUAACUACUCCGUCCAGAUGCAACCUGCAAUGAUGAUGUUCUCUUCCAAAUACUGGGCUAGGAGGGGGAUGUCCCUGGAUUCUGCAAUGUCCCAGGAUUUUCUCAGCAACCCAUCUGUGAACAAAUUGAAUGCUGCGAAAAUUGAUGAGAACAAAUGUAGCAAAACUGAACCAGCUGCUGAAAUAGAAAAGACAGCAGUUGUCCUCACGUUGAAAAACGAAGUCGGGGGUUUAUUACAAGAUUUAAAAAUUUUUAAGGAAAAAUAUGUAACUAUCAGUCAUAUUGAGUCAAGAAAGUCAAAAAAAGGCAGCUCGGAGGCAGAGAUCUACAUUGAGUUUGAAUGCACCAAGAAGAAAUACCAGGAACUCAUUCAUCUGCUAAAACUUCAGCCAAACAUCAUCUGUGUAAAUCCAGCAGAGAGGAAAUGGAGAGAAGAUGAAGAGCUUGAUGGCGUUCCAUGGUUCCCAAGAAAGAUCUCAGAACUUGACAAGUGUUCCCACAGGGUUUUAAUGUAUGGCUCUGAAUUGGAUGCUGACCAUCCGGGAUUUAAGGACAAUGUUUACCGGCAAAGAAGAAAAUAUUUUGUGGAUGUUGCCAUGAGUUAUAAAUAUGGUCAACCAAUUCCAAGAGUGGAGUACACAGAAGAAGAGAUAAAAACAUGGGGUACAGUGUUUAGAGAACUCACAAAAUUGUAUCCAACUCAUGCCUGCAGAGAAUAUUUAAAGAACUUACCUCUAUUAACCAAAUACUGCGGAUACAGAGAAGACAAUGUACCACAACUGGAAGAUGUGGCAGUGUUUUUAAAAGAAAGAUCUGGAUUCACUGUGCGACCAGUUGCUGGCUAUCUCUCCCCAAGAGACUUCUUAGCUGGACUAGCUUAUAGAGUGUUUCACUGCACCCAGUACAUCAGGCAUGGAUCAGAUCCUCUCUACACACCUGAACCGGACACAUGUCAUGAGCUUCUGGGGCACGUUCCUUUACUUGCUGAUCCUAAAUUUGCUCAAUUUUCCCAAGAGAUUGGACUUGCUUCACUGGGUGCAUCUGAUGAAGACAUUCAGAAGCUUGCAACCUGCUACUUUUUUACUAUUGAAUUUGGUCUUUGCAAACAAGAUGGACAGCUACGUGUAUAUGGUGCAGGACUGCUAUCUUCCAUUGGGGAACUGAAACAUGCCUUGUCUGACAAAGCUACUGUGAAACCGUUUGAUCCAAAGACAACUUGCUUGCAAGAAUGUCUUAUCACUACCUUUCAGGAUUUGUACUUUGUGUCAGAAAGCUUUGAUGAAGCCAAGGAAAAGAUGAGAGAGUUUGCCAAGUCAAUCAACCGUCCCUUCUCGGUUUACUUCAAUCCUUAUACCCAGAGUGUGGAAAUCCUUAAGGACACCAGGAGCAUUGAAAAUGUUGUUCAAGACCUGCGAAGUGACCUAAACACAGUGUGCGAUGCUUUAACAAAAAUGAAUAAAUAUUUGGGCAUAUGAGA